CACGACUUCCUCUAUAUUUAAGCCUCACAAAGGGCCCCUUAAUUCAUUUCCGCAGAGGGUCCAGCAUCUAUAUCAAACCGUGUGAGAAAACCCAGAAGUAGUGCAUGAAAAUGUGGGGUAUACCAGGUGUUCUGUCCAUCCUGCUGUUCGCCUUCUUCACAUACGGUGACACAUUGAAAUUCCCAUUCCAUCCAUCCAAUGAACAUGCAAGUGUCUUCCAAUUGGAGAAGAUGGUAUCAGCUGUGAUAGGAAAAAAUCAAGAACUCUCAAACGAGAUCGCGCAACUAAAGCUCGUUGCUGAAAACCUGAAACAAGAAAACGAAGACCUGAGGCAUAACAACGGGAUCCUUGGCCAAAAGUACGAGCGCCUAAGGUACGACCACGAAAGCUUGAAGUCUUGGGUUCAGGGAAAUUCCGACGAAAGAGAUCAGAUAAAGAAUACAAAUAUGAUGGAAAGCAGAUUGGAAUACAUGGAAGCCCUCUCGCUGCAAAUCACGCCCCGAAGCUGCCAAGCUCUGGCAAAUCUUGGAGUCUCGAAGACAGGAACGUACCUUGUGGAUCCAGACGGUGCUCUCAUCGGUGAAUCACCCAUCAAAGUCCUCUGUGACAUGGAAGCAGACCCAGUGACCACUGUCGUUCUACACGACUCGAUGGAAAGCACGCACGAAGCAUUCUCGAAGCAGAUGGCCUCUUUGAUCGAUCAGUCAGAUUCAUGCGAGAAACAACACGGUGGACUGGUUUGCAGGGGUGAGGCUCCCCGACCGGAAAAUCCAGCAACAUCCUGCUCGUCUCUGCGCCGAGCUGGGAACACUCGCACGGGAUACCACCUCAUCAGCAGGAAAAAAGGACGAUUGGAUGUCGUCCUUUGCCAGAUGGAUUUGGACGAGACGGAUCCCAAAUUUCAAAUGGAGACCAGUGCUCUCAUUCAAGACGGAGCAGUUAUUUUCGAUGCCUUCAGACGAUCUGACUACAUCACCGAAAACUCAGUAAUUAGGUAUGAGUCGACGGAGGUAAACAUCGGCGAUGCCAUGGACCCGAACACCGGUGUUUUUACUGCACCCAUAGCCGGAAUCUACUCUUUCUCCUUUCAUUAUUACACUGACGAUUUUGGCCUUGUCCAUAUCAGGCAAAACGAGCUUGUGAAAGCGGCAAUGUACACUUUCUAUACGAGUGAUCUGGGCGAACACGACGUGCCGGGGCAAUCCGUCGUUCUUCAACUUGCAGAGGGCGACACAGUAGACGUCUACUUAUUUUUCGGAAAAGCUAUGUCGAACACGGACCGUUACGUCCACUUUGUGGGUCACAUGUUAACUCCCCUGUAAAACCACAAACAUUGCCAAUCCUUCGAUUCCUUGCGUCCGUUUUAAUUGCCGGCUUUAAUAUUUCUCCCGUCAAUCUCUAUUCUGCUCCGAAAUCAGCUUCGUAGUCGUUGCCGAACGUCGACGUGUUUCGCUGCGGCCAGCAAAAUCCUGAAUUAAGAAUCGGUUGUGGCUGAUGAAAUCAUCACUACACGUAGAUUUUCGCUUUAGAUGAAUAUGCUGCAAACCUAAGGCGUAAAUGAUUCUUGAACGCCGCUUUGUUGUAUUCGAUCAUAAAAUACUAAGAGAUGUUGCCCUUUUGUCGCAUGGCAUCUCUUCUAUUCCUUGUCGUAGGGGAAAUUGAGUACAUGUAAAUGCAUGCGUUUGUGUUCUCAAAUAUUUGUAAAAAAAAUAAAUGGUACGCAAGAAAUUCGAAUGAAGAG